AUGACAACUCGAAAUAGUGUGAGACAUGGUAGUGAGGAUCCUCUCUCACUGUCAAAUGUAACGGGACGUGCUUCGCAUAUGCGCGGUCGAAGAACCCACUCUUCGUCGUUCAGCAACCGCAAAAGGAAUCAGCCUCUCGCUCUAAAUGCGGGGAACCUAAGACAUCUUUCACAUGGCACUCCGGCUUCUUCACGACCAGUUGGCACUUCUCGAAGCAGUUGCUCAUGUUCCGUUGCGACACUAGAAGAGACCAUAGCUGAUGUUAUGGGAAUCCGGAUGCAGUCAUUGACCGAUCUGGGCGCACGCAUAGAGGAGCUUUCUUCUUUGCACCGACAGGAGGAAUGUGUGUUUCGGCAGCAGGUAGGGAGUGUUCUCCAGCAAUUAGAAACAGCGCGUCUCAGUCAACUUGGUACGGAGCAGGACUACGAAGCUCUACUAAAAAAAGAGCGUGCUGAAAGCCAUGCCGUAAUGUCACUGAUGCAGCGGUUUAAAACGGAAGGUGCUGAGGUGAUUAGUACAAUGAAAAGAUCUUUGCAAGAAGUUAAGGAGAAAUGGAAAGCCGAGGUCGAGCGAAACGCUCAUUUAACUGCUCAGUUGCGGCAAUACUCGAAGAAAAUAACCCCGCCGCCGGAAGAUAUAGUAGUAAAGGAUUCGGAGGCAUCCGUGUUAAGGUCUGAAAAUAAAGCACUCCAAACAAAGGUUCAGGCGCUUGUCAGACUUCUUGAAGAAGAGGAUGCUGUCAUAGUUGAGUUGCAGGAGCGUAAUAAGGCUCUUGAAAAGAAAGUAUCGGUUCUCAUUCAGCAGCGCAACCGUCUUUUGGACAUAGAGGCGCAGCAUGUAGAGACCGAGGAGUUUAACACGGAAUACAACGAACUACUUAAUCAGGUCCGUUAUUCCGAUGUUGAUCAAAAUAAAAUGCCACCUGCAAAAAAAGUGGAUGUCCUAACGCGAUUUACGAAAAUGCUUUUGCAGCGUUUACAAGCAGAACAAAGACAACGGCUUCGCGUCGAAGAGCAGACCGUUCGAAUGGCUUCGGAACAUGAUCGGGUAGUGCGUGCGCUUGAGGCUCGCAUCAAAAGUAUUGAAGGGCAAAGUAGUAACCCUACGCCUUCAAAUCGCCAGAGUGCUUCAUACGCAGAUGUUGAGCAGGCUUGCAGUGGCAUCCCAAGCAAUGAAAUGGGUGAAAAUCCAAUUAUUAAUGGCGAAGUUUCCUCUGCGUGGGAACAGUUGAGGGGUGGUGAAGCACUGUUGCCACUUGGUGGUGACAAUAAUAUGAAGGACAUUCCCUGUUGUGAUGCAGAUACGAGAGAUAGAGGACUGCGGCAAAGUGAGCCGGCGCCGAAUGACAAUUCGGAGGCUGCUGUGCAUGCAGCGCUGGAAGCCCAGUUGUUGUCCGUCGCAAGUAACUUUCGGCGUUCAAUAGAGGAAUGGAACGCUUUGCCGUUGGGUGAGGGUAAACCGCUUCGUGAAGAAGACUUCUAUCCUGACUGA